GCUGACAACCCCUCCUCGCUCGUCAGUCAUCCUCGCCUUCGUCGCCAUUCUACCGCAUCACCCUGACAACCCCUCGCUCGGCGUCAUCCUCGGACUUCCGUCGGCACUCGGACUUCACCCCUGUCGUCGUCAGCAGGCCCAGGCCAUCCCGGGCUCGGAUUUCGUCGCCAGUCGGACUUCGUCGGCAUUCCACGUGCGCUUACGACCACCUAUGCGUCGUCGGCACCCCUGUCGUCGUCAGCAGGCCCAGGUCGGUCAUCGUCCUUCUCCCGCCGCGACAAAAACGCGUCACAUAAUCACCUCGCGUCGCAUCCCGCAAUCCCUUCAGACACCGACAACGCGUUGCCCGCUUAGCAUCGUCAGCCAAAGAACACCGGGAACUUCCAGGCCUCCCCUUUCUCAUGAAUCAUCGGCGCAUUUGAAAUGCGAGCACGCAAUUCCCCUGGAUUGCGGGCGCAGUCCUAUACUGUGCCACCUUUUGGAAAUGAGGUUCUUCCUCGGGAUCUCGUUUCCAGAGGGAGCAGCAGCGAGCAGAGAGAGAGCCGUUGCGGGCGUCCUAGUGAGCCCGAAGUCUAUAAAAGGAGGACCUCGGUUCGCCCUCCCCUCCACUUUUUCCUCAUCAGUUCCGCACACAACAAUCUCCUCUACUACUACUACCUCUUCCCUACUACUACCUCUUCUCGACUACUACCUCUUCACUACUACUACCUCUUCUCGACUACUACCUCUUCUCGACUACUACCUCUUCGCUACUACUACCUCUUCUCGACUACUACCUCUUCUCGACUACUACCUCUUCGCUACUACUACCUCUUCUCGACUACUACCUCUUCUCGACUACUACCUAUCGGUCGCUCACGUACUACUACUCUGGCCUACUGCCGACUACAACACAAGAUCAACGUCCGCUACCGCUUCGCCAGCACCCAAGAUCAAGAUCCGCUAUACCGCUUCGCCAGCACCCAAGAUCAACGUCCGCUAUACCGCUCCGCACCCAAGAUCAAGGUCCGCUGUACCGCUUCGCCAGCACCCAAGAUCAAGGUCCACUACCCGCUUCGCCAGCACACAAGAUCAAGGUUCGUCAUCGUCCGCAAUGACCUUAAACUACCACCCUUCAUCGACAGUACCGCUUCGCCAGCCACUACCACUACCACCCUUCAUCGACGGUACCGCUUCAUCAGCACACAAGAUCAAGGUCCGUCAUCGUCCGCAAUGACCUUAACCUACCACCCUUCAUCGACGGUACCGCUUCGCCAGCCACUAUCACUACCACCCUUCAUCGACGGUACCGCUUCAUCAG